AUGUGUGGAAUUUGGGCACUUUUCGGUGUCGAUGUGCAUUCAAUUUCUAAAUAUGACAAGACUUUUUCAAAGAUUCAACACAGAGGCCCAGACGCAUGGAGAUUGGAAUAUGAUUUGAAAGUGAAAAAUGUCUGUCUUGGAUUUCAUCGUCUCGCGAUUAUUGACAGCCUUUACGGAAUGCAACCAAUGAAAUUGCACAAAUUUCCAUUUGUUUCUAUGAUUUGCAACGGAGAAAUUUUCAAUUGGAAACAGCUUGGAGAAAAGCACGGUUUCAAUUACGAAACUCAAUGUGAUGUAGAGAGUGUGCUACAACUUUAUGGAAGUUUCGGUAUUGAUGAAACAUUAAAACAAUUAGAUGCAGAGUAUGCGUUCUGUUUGAUUGAUUCUCUAAAGAAAAAAGUAUUCGUUGCAAGAGAUCCAUACGGUGUGAGGCCAUUGUUUUACUUGGCGUCCAGCAAUGGUAUUUUGGGAGUAUCUUCCGAAGCAAAAGGUUUGACAUGUUUGGUCGAUGAACUUGGGCUUACCGAAUGGGAAAUGAAGCCUUUCCCCCCAGGUCACAUUGCCGAGUAUAAUAUUUUGCCAGGCGGAAAACUGGAGUUGAUCUCAAUGAAUCGGUUUUUUAAAAUCGAGGAACCUAUAUUGCCGCCAGUACCUUUGGAAGAAGGUUUGACUGAAGAAAUUGUUCAUGCUAAUAUUCGUAAUUUACUGACACAAGCUGUUGAAAAGAGAAUGAUGUCGAAUCGCCGUAUUGGUUGCCUAUUGUCCGGAGGGUUGGAUUCUAGUUUAAUAGCUUCCAUAUUGGUUAAGCUAUCCAAAGAAAAAGGUCUCCCGUACCCGAUUCAGACAUUUUCGGUCGGAAUGGCAGACAGUCCGGAUAUAUUGGCAGCAAGACAAGUGGCCAAACAUAUAGGUUCGGAACACCACGAAGUGCUCUUUACCGCCGAAGAUGUGCUGAGCGUACUCGACAAAGUGAUAUACACGUUGGAAACUGCCGACAUCACAACAAUCAGAGCAUCGUGCGGGAUGUACUUGGUGUCACGGUACAUAAGCCAAAAUACGGACACGGUGGUCCUGUGCAGUGGCGAAGGUGCCGACGAGGUGGCACAGGGUUAUAUUUACUUCAGGGACGCGCCCACGCCAGACCACGCGCACAACGAGAGUCUAAGGUUGCUGGGUGAUAUAUUCAUGUACGACGGUUUGCGCGCUGACAGGACAACGGCCGCACACGGACUCGAAUUGAGAGUGCCUUUCUUAGAUUUGCGUUUUACACAGUAUUUCCUGAGUCUCCCCAAGACGAUGAGACAACCGCAAAACCAAAUUGAAAAACACCUUCUCCGUUCGGCGUUUGACGGCACAGGAUUGUUGCCGAACGAAGUGUUGUGGAGGCACAAAGAAGCGUUCAGUGAUGGAGUUACAACAAUCAAAAAAUCAUUGUUCAAUAUUAUCCAAGAAUGGAUUGACCCGAAAUACACUGAUGAAGAUUUAAAACAAGCAGCAAUAAAAUACCAACAUUGCCCUCCGAAUUCAAAAGAGUCACUGUACUAUAGGGAUAUGUUCGAAAAAUACUACGAAGGACAAUCUUCUAAAUUCAUGCCUUACUUUUGGAUGCCCAUGUGGACUCAAGUAAAAGAUCCAUCUGCAAGAUUUAUUCAGCAUUAUGCAGCUAAAUAA